AUGAAUGUCGCAUCCACAUUCACAAACCAAGAUUCAGCCAUUGACCAAUUUCUUCUCUUCAUCAAGGUCGUUGCACUCUUCAACGCAGACCAACAUGAGGAAGCGGUACCGCUUAUCAAAGUUCUGGUUACCGCUUGUCCAAAUGUUGAUUCUCUCGUGCAUCCUGUCAUGGAACCUGGGGUCAAAGCCUUCAACGGUGCACAUUACAAUGAAGCUGCUGACCUGCUUCGUCCUCAUCGCUCUCAUUCAUUACGAUCGCUGGGCCUCCUUUUCUCCCUGCAGGCUGCAGGAAGCGUCUCUUACUACGUCAUCGACAUCGCGAGUUUGACGCUUACAAUCAGUCGUUCGUUCCGGGUUGGAGCGAGCUCGCAACGACUCGGAAAAUCCGCCGAUUUCAUAGCAGACACGUUGGUCACCCUUUUCGCAGCAUCGGGCGCAUCCUGUCAAGCGCCUUCUUCUCGAUGUCGUUCACAACUAACCUGCAUUUCGUGGAAGGUUAUAUUAUGGGUGUACCUCCUUGUGCGUGAGGUCCUGACGACUGUGAAGGCCUUACUUCACCUGCUCCGAGUCGAACAUCCCGACGACACGGAUGAAAACGCCCCACUAUACCCGCUCUAUAUGACGGUGUUAUCUGAGUUGAUGCCGACAUCGUUCUCUUAUCGUCCCACCAGUUAUGUUCCGUCCGACAAGGUCCCAACUAUUCACGCUGUUGUAACGCAGCGAAAGUUACAACCUGCAGCUCUCGAUGACCACAUCGACCUUCUUAACCGUGCAUUGGAAAAAUUACAAGGUAUCCAAGCUAGAUUGAAGGAGAAACGGGCCAUCGUGCAAGAGUCGCUGGAAUUCCACGAAGCCCUGGCAUCUCCAGCAUGCUGUUCGCUACCAUCAGAGCCACUUGGAUAGAGAGUUCUUCGAUGUCUUCCCCAGACAAAUUACGUUGCACCUUCAUCGGAU